AUGUCCCAGCCCCAGCUUUCGACCACGAACGCCCGUGCGACCACGGACCUCGUCAAGAAGGUGACCACCGACGUCCACGACUUUGAUCUGGACGGUCACGUUGCACAACCCGCUGCAUCGCUCAAAGACCCGACGCGCGACCGAAUCCAGCCAAAUGUGUUUGCUCUUGCUGAGCUCCCAGCACAGAGUCUACCAAGCAGCAAGAGUCCUUUGCCGCAGCUAAAACUUCCUAACGCAGCCCUCACAAACCAGCCCGCGCUCGAGUACGCUUUCUCUCGACCACCGACACCCAAAACGAUCCAGCCCAGUACCAAUUGCGACAUCCGGAAGGCGUCAUUUCGGGGACGCGGGAGCUUUCGAGGACGGGGCGGGCGUGUGCCACCGCCGGGCCGCCCCCCCGCCACAGUCAACACGACUCCGACGCCAUUUCUGGCGGCCGCCGACUCUGGUUUUGACGACGAUAUGAUUCAAGUCGUCGACACAAGCGGGUCCGAGAGCGACAACGGCAGUAGUUUUGCCGAUGUCGAGCCAGCGGAAGCCCACGACUGGCUUGCCUCGAGCCACUCGUUUCUUGGUGCAGCAUCCAUCGUCGGUAGUGACGACUCGGACAACGACGAUGACGACGAGGGCGUCAACGAUUGGCUCCAAAGCGGGCCACGCCCCGAUCUCCCUAUCAAAGACAAGCAUCAUGCAAGCAUCCAGGAGACGCCCGACAUCCCGGUGCAAUCCAAAGCUCGCACGGAGAGUGUCGAGAUGAAGGCUGGAGGCACCAAUGAGCCUCUGCCUCUCGUAGCGGGCGCUGGUAUCCGUGACACGACCGUCGUCAAAAAGAAGAAAGCCCAGCUACCAACCCACAAUUUGCCGCACCCGACGCCCAUCUCGGGCGACUGGCUCAACUCGCGCACGAUGAUCAACAACUACAUCAUCUUGGAGAGCCUCGGUGUCGGGAGCUACGCCGAGGUCAAGCUCUGCAAGGAAAAGGCGUCCGGGCAGCUCUUUGCCAUGAAGUUUAUUGAUCGUGACAUUAUGCACAAACACGGCAAGCUCAAUCGGCAACCCGACGCGCUCAACGACAUCAAGCGCGAGAUUGCCAUCAUGAAGAAGCUGAAUCAUCCGAACGUGCUGCGGCUCUUUGAGGUCAUGGACGACCCGCACGUCAACAAGCUCUUCCUCGUCCUCGAGUUCAUGCAGCUCGGCGACUUGUUGAGUUUUCAAAAAAAGACCAAGCCGUCCUCGACAAGUGACACGAUUUGCGCACCAAUGCUCGACCCAGAGCUGCACGGCGUCGCCCUCCAAGUGCUCCACGGCCUCGCGUACCUCCACGACCAGAACAUC